AUGCCUGCACCGGUCUCCGCGACAGUUUUCACCACCCCUAGCACGAUCGACAAGUUAUCUUCUGGUCCGCAUGCGAAGAAGACACGCCUCGUCAGGCGUCGGGGACGGGGACAGAACGGGAUAGAGAGCGACGACGAGAUCGAACGAGAGGUCAGGUCGGAUUCUGACACGGACGACCAGUCAUCGUUCGACUCAGAGUCGGGAUCAGAUACGACCCAGAGUCCUCCGCCCUUGGAAAUCGAUGGGCAUCCCUCUCUCAACGCAUCAUCAUCGAAGUCUCUUCCUGUCGCAUCGGAUGCUGGUCCCUUCGUUCAUGCCACAGAUUGGGCGGAUAUGGUGGCAGCCGAGAAUCUCAACGGCGUGGAGGAUCUUCCUGUCAUUGAUUUUGCCGAUCUCGACCGUCAUGGUAUUGACCAGCAGCUGCCUCCUCCUCCGCGGUCACGCAAAUCUCAUCGGCCAGCGAAGAAACAUAUUGCCAGCCGCUCUCUAUCUGCGCCUCCGUCUUCGCCGCCCGCCCGGCCUCCGCAGGCUGCCGAGUCAGGCCAUGUGUCCGAUACAGAACAGCCCAUGGCUUCCGCAUCCGUUCAUGCGCCUGAAGAGUCGCACCCCAGUCGACUCAGGGGCCAAUCUGCUCGACAAGCAUACCAGCAGCGCCUGGAGUCGGAUCCUUCAUACGUUCCAACAGUUGGAGAGUUCUGGGGGCAUGACGAUCGUCUGUUGGACAAAGAUUUGCGUAGUUUGAGCGGAUGGUGGAGGGGUCGUUGGCAGUCCCGCGGUCGUGGGAGAGGCGGGUUUUCCAUGCGCGGGAGGGGCGGGUCAGGAUUUUAUCCUGGCCGCGUACCUAUGCACCCCCAGGACAGGGUCGAUGAGCUGGGCGGGCCAAGUUCUGCGGUACCCCCCGCUGAGGUACCACCUAUCGACCAACCGUGGACGCAUGAUGGUUUCGAAGAGAUGAGGCGGCGAGACGACCGGCAGCCCCAAGCGUCCUUCCGCCCUCAGCGUGGUUUCGCAUUCCGCGGCAGAGGCGGUUUCAUUGGUGCUCGAGGUCGCGGCGGUUUUGGUCGCGGUGGGAGCACACCAUCGCCGACAGGAUACCGUCUUGGGUUACCCCCAGGCGCAGCGCCAGGUCGUAUUUGGUACGCCAUGAAGCCUGAGCGCAUGUGGACCAAACAGCACGACGCUUUUCUUUACUUCGAUACCAGCCUGAAACCCCGUCCUGGGCAGGGCCCAGGAUACCGCGUGAAGGUCCCAGGCGGGAAGGAGGAAAUCGUCAGAGCCGCGCCCCGCCGCUUCGGAGCGUCCUCGUCGGCAGCUACUGCACAGGCGUCAUCUAGUCAAGAUGAUGGCGAAAGGCAGUUCACGGUGCGCCUUCCUCGCAAAGCCGGGAAGGAGAAAGCCAAGGAGGAAGUGCAACCAACUGUGGCUCAGACUCUGGUGGCCGAGGAGCCCGCAACCACAGUAGUGGAACUCUCCAUCGAGGAGGUCUUUACUGUCCGCCCGAACGUGGUGCCCAAUCGCAGGAUAGACAUCCCGGUUCAGCCGCAGGACCCGACCUCAUACACAGUCCCACCGCUUCCUGCCCCUGCAUCCUUCUACCCACCAGUUCCUGUUUUGCUGUCCCAGCCGCAGAGUCCCGCAUCGAGUCUGAAUGCGGAUAAACCUUCUGCGCCGCAGGUGCCUACCCAGUCGAUGGUAGCUCAAGCGUCUGGUCCUGGCCCCAGUGUUCAGAUUCAAGAGUCGGUCCCUCGGAAGCCAUCAACUCCAGAGGAGUCUUUGCCGAGUCAGCCAGGUCCAUCCAUUGAGGAAGCACGUGCUGCACCACCGACACUCCAUCCUCUACAGACGGCUUUUUCACCUAUUCCGCAGACGUCUCCGUUGUAUGGCUCGCCGUUCGGCUAUGCACCUGCGUUACCCCCAGGCAUUGGCAUGAGUCAACAUGGGAUGCCCUACGAGCUCGCUACGGGCCGUGCUGUAUUCAUUCAGCCUACUCCGCCGCCGAUGUUUACCCCUCGCCCUAUGAUGCACUCACACAUGGCGCACCCUUCUACCAGUGUUCCAUUUGUCCCCUCUUAUAUGCAGCACCAGCCUUCCCCCGAUUUUGUAUCGCACUCGCAUACGCCACCGAUGAACUCGUUCAUCGACGCUUCUACGGGGACCCCCAUUUUUGCGCCGGCGCGGCAGAGCAGUCGUAUCGAGAUCCGUGCACCUGUGGAUUCGAGCGAGGGCAAGAAGGUUCCUCCGCGACCUUCUGGACUCAGGACGUCGGUGUCGAGUUCUGGACAAUACGGUGCUGCUGAAAUCCAAGUGCAGCAGCCGGCCUCACUGUCGGGUUCGUCCGACACUUUCGGUGCCGCACCCGUCAAUGGAGUUCCAACGCUCAAUGGCGCUUCUCUGCCGAACGACAUGCAGCAACCUGUGGAGCCGCAGCAGUUCCAAGCUGUGGACCCGGCGAUGGUAUAUGCGCCAUACCAGCAGCAGUACUACUACCCGGAGCAGUACGGCUAUCCGGCGUACAUGGAUAUGUCGCCGCCGGUGAUGCAAUACGAGACGUACCCAGCGUCCGCGGAGCACCGUCCCCCUCCUCCUCAACCUAUGAUUUACUACUAG